AUGAGGCUGAAGGAGGACAUCAACCCCCUGCUGCUGCAGGUCCUCCGCUCCGUCGUCUGGCUCUACUCCCUGCUCACCUUCCUGCCCUGGUUCCUGCUGUCGGGCGCCAGCGCCAGGCUGCAGCGGGCCAAGCGGGUCAAGGCCCGGCCGGUGAGCGGCCAGCCGGCGGGGCCGUACCGCGCCGUCAACAGCGCCGAGCGGCUGGCGUCCACGCUCCAACCGGCCUGCGACACGCUGGACAAGGUGUUCCAGUACGCCGCGCGGCGGUUCCCCCGCCGGGACUGCCUGGGGACAAGAGAGGUCCUCAGCGAAGAGGACGAGCCGCAGCCCAAUGGGAAGGUGUUUAAGAAGGUGAUCCUGGGGGAUUACCGCUGGCUGUCAUAUGAGGAGGCGUACCAGGCCGCAGUGCGGUUUGGCAGUGGGCUAGCAGCCCUGGGACAAAAGCCCCAGUACAACAUCGCCAUCUUCUGCGAGACGCGUGCGGAAUGGAUCAUCUCCGCACAAGCCUGCUUCAUGAACAACUUCCCACUCGUCACCCUGUACUCCACGCUGGGAGGCCCGGCCAUUGCCCACGGCCUGAACGAGACGGAGGUCACCCACAUCAUCACCAGUAAAGACCUGCUGCAGACGCGGCUCCAGGCGAUCUUGGUGGAGGUGCCCAGACUUCAGCACAUCAUAGUUGUGGACACUAAGGUCACCACAUGGCCUGGCUGCCCCAGGGGCAUCAUGGUACACAACAUGGCGUCUGUGCAGGAGCUGGGAGCCAAGGCCGAGAACAUGUCCAGGCCCCGCAUUCAGCCUGCCCCCUCGGACAUCGCCGUCAUCAUGUACACCAGCGGCUCCACGGGCAUCCCCAAGGGCGUGAUGAUCUCCCAUAGCAACCUCAUCGCCGGCAUCACGGGAAUGGCGGAGAGGAUCCCCAACCUCGACGAGACGGACACCUACAUAGGCUACCUGCCGCUGGCACACGUGCUGGAGCUGAGCGCCGAGCUGGUGUGCGUGUCCCACGGCUGCCGCAUCGGCUACUCCUCCCCGCAGACGCUGGCCGACCAGUCCACGAAAAUCAAGAAGGGCAGUAAAGGAGACACCACGGUGCUGAAGCCCACGCUGAUGGCCGCAGUACCGGAGAUCAUGGACCGCAUCUACAAGAACGUGAUGACCAAGGUGGAAGAGAUGAGCCGGCUGCAGCGGACCCUCUUCGUCCUGGCCUACAACUACAAGAUGGAGCAGAUCUCCAAGGGCUACAGCACGCCGCUGUGCGACAGCCUGGUGUUCCGGAAGGUGCGCUCCCUGCUGGGAGGAAGGACCCGGGUGCUGCUGUCGGGCGGGGCGCCACUGUCAGCCGCCACGCAGCGCUUCAUGAACAUCUGCUUCUGCUGCCCGGUGGGGCAGGGCUACGGCCUGACCGAGACCUGCGGGGCGGGCACCAUCAGCGAGAUGUGGGACUACAGCACGGGACGGGUGGGGGCACCCCUGGUGUGCUCCGAAAUCACCCUGAAGGACUGGGAGGAGGGGGGUUACUACAGCACAGACAAGCCCCACCCCCGCGGGGAGAUCCUGAUCGGGGGCCCAAACGUGACCAUGGGCUACUACAAGAACGAGACCAAGAACCGGGAGGACUUCUACGUGGACGAGAAGGGCCAGCGCUGGUUCUGCACGGGGGAUAUCGGAGAGUUCCACCCCGACGGCUGUCUGAAGAUCAUCGACCGGAAGAAGGACCUGGUGAAGCUGCAGGCUGGGGAGUACGUGUCUCUGGGCAAGGUGGAGGCCGUGCUGAAGAACUGCCCCCUGAUCGACAACAUCUGCGCCUACGCCAACAGUGAUCAGUCCUAUGUGAUCAGCUUCAUCGUGCCCAAUCAGAAGCAGCUGCUGGCCCUGGCCGAGCAGAGAGGCGUGAGAGGCUCCUGGGAGGAGAUCUGUAACAACUCCGACAUGGAGAAGGAGGUUCUGCGGAUCAUCACCGAGGCUGCCGUGGGAGCCAAGCUGGAGCGGUUCGAGAUCCCCAGGAAGAUUCGUCUGAGCUCGGAGCCCUGGACUCCGGAGACGGGCCUGGUCACCGACGCCUUCAAGCUGAAGAGGAAGGAGCUGAAAACGCACUAUCAGGACGACAUCGAGAGGAUGUACGGGGGAAAGUAGGCAGACGGGACGGCACACCCACUUCCCCCUCCUCCUCCUCCUCCUCCUCUUCCUCCUCCUCCUCCUCUUCCCCCACCUGGAUACACCAAGCUUCUGUUAAAAUGGGGAAAUACUUGAACCUGCUUCUUACACACGAGACCAAAAUGAAAUCUAGCAAAGAAGAGACAUGUUGAAAAAGAGGUCACUUUUCAGUGUGCCUUGCAGUGUGACCGGCCGCAUAGCGCGUGCCCUCUCCUGACUGGUCAAACAAUGUAUCGUCACCUGAUUGGCUGCGUAUCCCUUUUAACCAAUCAGCAACGUCGAAGGGGUUCUCCAUGCAGGGACACACGUAAGAGGAGAUGUCAUGGAAUCCCUGUCCCUUUCCUUGCCCGUCAUCCAGGCAUGGGGUCCGAAAUGACACCUGUGACCUAGAUUAGUGGAAUCUUAAGUCUGUGUCCAAAUUUCAGGUUAUACAGGGAUACACUGUAAACUUGGUUGGUUCCUUAUUUGUGUCCAUUUGUUGGACGACCCUUUAUGUCCUUUUCAAGCCAUGCUAUAUUGAACACCAAUAUUUUCUUAUUAUUUCUGUUAUUGUGUUUGUUU